UUUGCUUUGAAGUAUGGCUGCCAAGCUGCAUUUAAACAAAGCAGCAGUGGAGAUGCAUCAGAAACAGACCCUCCCAACUUCAUUCAAAAGCAAGCUGUUGAUGUAGUGACUGAUAUUAACAUGCUCAGGGUGUUCAAGACUUUUAUUGAGACCACACCACAGCUUUUUGUCCAGAUUUACAUCCUCAUGGAACAUGGCAAAAAUAAUUUCUUUCAAUAUGCUGCCAUUAUUAUGUCUUUUUGUGGUAUCUCCUUUUCAAUGGUUGAUUACCAGAUAUCAUUACGAAAAUCUCUGCCUGAUAAAGAUGAAUUUCAUGUGCUUCCCAAGGCAGUGUAUCUCUUCUAUAAACUGCUUACCAUCACUUCUUGGAUACUCAGUAUUUCACUGAUCACUCUCCUAAGUGUUAAAAGUUCUGUAAUUCUGCUGAUAUUUCUUUGGAUCUGUGGCUUCACCUGGACUUUGAAACAACAUACGACAUUUUGCAAAUCUAAGAAGAUGGAAUACCUGUACAGAACUGUUGUUGGAAUAAUUCUAAUUUUUACCUUUUUUAACAUAAAGGGGAGAAAAACAAAAGUUUGCAUUUUUAUUUAUUAUGCUACUCACACUGUUGUUUCUCUAGGUAUUUUGUUUGUAUAUAUGUUCUGGAAACCUUCCAUUAUGGAGGAAAUACAUUUUACAAUCGUGAGCAUCCUAACUAUUCUUAGUCUGGUGUUAGGUAUUAUUUUUCUUGUUGUUUAUUAUAGGCAUUUUCAUCCCACUGCUUAUUGCAGACCACAGGCGUGUUCAGAUGAAGUUGAUGGAGAGGCAGGACAAAAAGGUAGAAUGGAAAUCGGUAGAUUUCAAAAUUUCAUAAUGCAGUGA